AGCGUAAUUGUUCAGUUAAGUAGAUGUUUCAGCGUAUAUUCAAAUGCCAAAGAAGGACGUUUAUCUGUCCUCAUACACCUAUAAAGUAUUUGAAUGGCCCAUGAAUUAUUCAGAGUUCAGAUGCACCAUAACUUAAAAAAUGAGUAAAUGAAAUUAUGGAAAUGAACUUGCAGAGAUAUCAGUGCAUCAUUAUCACAGGUAUAACGUGCAUAGAUGGUGGAAAAAAUCACCAGUGAGAUCACUAGUGAGAGCUGCAGAUGCAAGUUUUACAAUUAUUUUCAGUUAAUAGGGGAUAUCCAGUCAUGGUCGCUUUAAAGGAAAGUGGAAACAAAAAGAUUUCCAACAAUAUGAUCUCACCUUGCUCACAUAAUGUGUGAUACAAUGGACACAGACGACAUUCCAGUAGUAGAUGUGGCAGCAAUAGAGGAAGAUGUCCGUGACAGUUCGGAAUUAUCCCUUAGUUGUGGUCAGGGCAAUCAGGAACCAGAUACCAAUAUCCACAGUACAGACACUGGGAGCUCACAUGUUGAGGAGUUGAUUCUUGUUGGUAACAAUGAUAACACACCACCAGUUUUAUUUGAUUUUCCUGUAGGUAAAACUGGAAGUCUUGAAACAGCAGUUGAAAAAAAAGAUGAAGAUCUAAGAGUAGAAAACACAGAAUCUCCUGGAGAAGAAAAGAGUUUGAAGGGGGCUGAUGUAGAAUUUAGCAAUGAGAUAAAAAAUGAAAAUUUCAUUUUUACCAAAAAGGAUCUUGGAAACAAUUCAUUCAUUGGUUGUGAGGAAAGCACUCCAUCUGACAUGAAUCUGAACAGUGGUACAGUUUCUCAUGAGUUGUCAGACAGUAUGGCAGAAAAUGUCAGAAAGUCGCCAGCCGAAAGUUCAGGUUCAGAAUCGCAGCCAGUCCCACCGAAAUCUGGUGACCUCAUCUGCUGGGGAUGUGGAGAGUUUGGGCAACACGGUCACACACAAAAAGAAGAUGUGUCCAGUCAAAGUGGCCUGCUGGAUGUCUUUCGUGGGGACGUGUCAAUGAAUGUCAAGGCCAUGGCAUGUGGAGCUAGUCAUACAGUGGUUGUCACAAAUUCAAACGCAAUUUAUGUAUGGGGUAACGGUAGCAGUGGACAGUUAGGCACAGGGAACAAGGAGUCUCAGCCCACCCCCACCAAGAUAACCCUCCAUAUCACCCCUCCUGCCCCAGCCACCAGGUCUACCUCUGUGGUCCAGGGGGUGGCCUGUGGGGCCAGGCACACCUUUAUCUGGCUGGAGAAUGGACAGGUGUUCAGCUUUGGCAACAACUUCUUUGCUCAGCUUGGGUAUGAUGUCAGAGUCAAAGGUUACAAGGAUAACCAGGUCCGUCCUCAUUUUAUUCGUGCCCUGAGUUACCGUGUUGUCACCCAGGUGGCGUGUGGGGAGAAGCACACCUUGUUCUUGUUUGAGACUGGGGCAGUGGCAGCUGUAGGGGCAAACCUGUCUGGACAGAUUGGAAAUAACAGUCGGAUGGAGGCAAUUGUUCCCAUAGUGAAUGAAGACAUCGACAAUGCUGUCCAAAUUGCUGCUGGCUCCAACCACAGUCUGGUGCUGGAUGCAAAUGGAGCAGUCUUUGUGUGGGGUGCAGGCAAACCUUGUGGUAAAAAGAAGGGUGACAUUUUAGUCCCCACUCAGAUCCAGUUUCCCAACUGCAGGACCAUAGUUCAGGUGUCUGGAGGAAGCAUGCAUAGUUUAGCCCUCACAGCUGGUGGGUAUGUAUACAGUUGGGGAGCAGGGACUGAUGGUCAACUGGGUCAUGGUAAAGGGGUCACAUUCCUAGACAUCCCUAAGAGGCUCCAAGAACCAGUGUUACAGGCCUGUGUGGUCCACAUAGCUGCCUCUGAGGUCUACAGUGCUGCUGUCACAGGUGAUGGAUCCCUCUUCAUGUGGGGUAAGAACAACCACACGAUAACUUGUGAUGAGCACCCAGCCAUGCGUUUUUUCCAGCCGACACACGUAGACCCAGGGGGGCAGAGUAUUAGCCAGGUGGAACUUGGAGCCUGGCAUGCAGUAGCCAUGACAGGAACACCAGACUGGCAGGUGUGUGGUGAGCCUGAAGAGUCGGAGGAGGAGGAGGAAAGUGAAGAAGAAUUGGAGAGUUAUUUACUUCAGAGACAGAGCUCCUGGGUUUUAGCUGACUUAGAACAGGAUGUAGGCUCAGAUGAUUUCACAUGGAAUGAGCUAGAGAUGCCACGCCCGUACACUCUGAACCGAGAAAGAACUGCCAUGACAAUCGAAGAAUUCUAUGCACCAACGCCUACACCAGCUAAGACACCAGAACCCGAGGAAGAGACUGCAGAUCAGGGAAAUUUCACAAGAUCCUCAGCUGCCAAGCCAACCACAGCAAUUCAUGAAGAGAAAGAUGAAGAGGAUGAAAAUUCUCGGGAAUUUACUCUACAAAAUGAUCAUAAAAUGGUACCAGGUGGGGCAGACAGUUUUGAAGUUGUACAAAACCAAGGGGAGGAAACGGGUGAAUAUCAUGAACAAUUUGCUGAUUCUCACAUUGGAGGUGCAGCAAUUCCGGUUGAAGAAGAAAUGGCCGACAAUGGUUUUGAAUUUGUCGGAAAUAAACAGAAAGGUGCUACAGAUGACUUUGCUCAAAAUGACUUAGACUUCAAUAAAACUGCAGGAACAAUAGAAAGUGAUAGCAAACUGCCACCCAAACCACCACCUAUGAACAAUGCAAACAGGCGAAGACCUGAGAACUUCCUGGGGUCUUCUUCUGUCUCCCCAAAACCUUUUUCUUCACAUUUUCCUCAGCAACCAACAGUUGCCCAAGUCAGUAAGUCCUACGCAGAUAGCUUUGCAUUGCCAAAAGAACAGGCCUCGCUGACUAACAAGACUCUUGACUUUGUUCCAGUGGAAAAAUUUGUCGUCUGCGAAUACAACACGGUUUGUGAUAAACCAGCAUGUGCCAAUACAUUUAGCAGGGAAACGAAGAAGCGAUACCACUCUCAGGAAGAAUGAAAAAUUGCAAAAUGGCGGAAGGAGGCAGAAGGACCAAAACCCAGUUAAUCUGCGCAGACCCAAGAGAUUGCAGUCUUUGAAGCCAGAACCAGAAUCUCAGGCUAAAUCUGGGGGUCAGCAAAGUCCUCAGGACAUGGGGCAGCCUCUGGACAAACCAAAGAUGAUCCCAAAAGCUGUGUCCUUCAUUAUAGCUGACCGGUCAUUCCCAGGAGGCCCUGCUCCAGGGGCAGUUCCUAAACGCAAUGCAAACGUAUCCAAUGUGAAGUAUCCCUUAGGCAGUCGCGCACCCAAAGCGGCCCCAGGAAUGGGCUCUGAAGGGAGACAGCAACAACGUGCAGCAAAAGUGCAGUAUUCAAGUGCCUCUUCCUGGAAAGAUAAAAGAGAUUUGUUAACAUUACAACCUAAAGACGCCCACCCAGUGCCUCGCUCAAAUGUCACAGGUGGAGGCAGAGGGAGGGGCGGCAGAGACCCCGACAUUUACGUGUUAGGCAGUGGCCCCCACCCUCCAGGCAGGGCGGUAGAACGGAACUCCGCCGGUUCCGUCUCCAACAGGACCAAUCCAGCUCGUGCUCUCAAAGAAAGCCAUAGCAUGCCCUCCUUAAAGAUAGUACCAGGGGCCUCUGUAGGCAGUUCUACCAGCACUGUCAGCAUCACCACGCUGGAUCAGGCUGAUGUGUCGUCUAUAGCUAAUACUAGUCUAUGGCUGGACAGUAGUAAAUCCGAGGCUGGGGGCUCUGACGAGGGCACAGCUCAAUCACAGCUCAGCUAAGGCUCACCUCUGCAUGAAAACCGUGCUAGUCGUUUAAGAAGGCAGUCGUCAAAUGAGAACUUGUCUGUUAUUAGAAGAAGAUUAACUACGCUGUUUUAAACAUUUAUUUAUUUAAACUUUUUUUAAAAAUUCCUUUAUAUAUUUAUUCGUGUUUUGGAAUUUUUUCGAUUAUUUUAACAAUUUCUAUAAGAGAUUGUUUGGUUAUUUUUCAGUUUCUUUGCGAAAAUGUUAACUAAGAUAUAAAAUGAAUGACGGCUUAAUUUCUAUUAACAAUCGUACUUUGCCCGUGAAAAAAGUCUUUAUUUUCCUAGUUUAAGUAAAUAGUCCCAAAACGAUGUCUAAUCUCCAUGAAAUAAAGAACGAUUAGUGUAGUAUACUUCUUAACUCUGAUGUAUGGGAGCCUUGCAUGUUGGAAGGCAUGGUUGAUUGUUUGUUGUAUCGGUGACGCUGUCAUGCUGAACACGGAUUUGAUUACAUUUCCUUUUCCAGUCAUUUUCGCUACUUCAAACCUGGUGUUGUUCAGUGCUAAGCAGUUUGGACAAUUUAGAUCAUUUUAUUUGAUACAACUUGCGACUCCACUCGAACGAUCGUUUGAUAGAUUGUGACCGAGCAUGGAAUAGGAGAAAGGCCGGUGUGAUGCUUCAACCUUAGUUACUAACACCCCUACCGAUGUUGCAAACAAGCCCCCUUUAACAUUUUUUUUAUCUUUUUUAUUUUAAAACACGAUACGGUAGUUGUUCUUUUAGAUUUAGUCACAUUAAAAAGGUGUUAUAUUUUUACUAGCUAAUUUUUUUUUGUGCUUUUUAAAAUGUAUUUCUUUAGAUUAGCAUUGUCUUUUAUAUAUAUUUCAUAAUCUUUUUUCGUACAAAAAAAAACACCAGUAGUUAACUGUCAUUUUAUCUCUUCCUUCACGUUGUCUUUUUCUAAACCCAGCACGUUAGUCUCAUUUUAGUGACACACGUAUGUCGUUUCAUAGUUUAGUCACUGUUCACGAUUGCUUCCCCUUCCGUGGUUUCCAAGCAGAGUUGAGCCAUAGCUAGCUGCCUGAUUGUGUCGUGUUCUGAGUGCUCUUUCAUUUUAUUGAAUAGAUCUGCACAUUUUAAUCAUCAAGGUGGAAUUUCAGGCCCGUCCGACAAAAAAUUACAUGUAUUAAUCUUAGUUUUAUCAGUAGAGAACACGCCUGAACUGUUUUGAUCCUCAAAGAUGUGCCAAACUGUCGAUGUGCCUGGAUUUUCGUUUCAUUUAUGAUGUUAUCUUCUUCCGUCGUUCAGAGAGCUGCAAAGUGUUGAAUUGUGUAUGCAUAGUAGACGACGCGUGUGUGUGCGUUUUAUAUGUGCGAUUUCUAUUCCUGUGCAUUAUUUAAUGUUUUCUUGCAUUGCAGUAACUAUUUUCGUUCGAAUGGUUAUGAACUUGACUUCUUCUACAUUGAUGAUAUAUUAUUAUGGGCAAUGAUGAACAUUAUGAUGAUGGUGAUGUCAUGAUGACGUCGAUAGUCAUGUGACACGAACGCACCGUUAGGAAAGUUGCAGUGGAUGGUUUGCGCCAAAUUUCCCAGAAAAUUGCAUCUAACUAAUUGAUGGAUAAUCAGGCAAUGGUUAUGGAGAAGGAAGAGCGAUUAACCGUGACUUAAUGAUCUUCUAGAAAAGAAAUUUCGAUUAAAAACUGUGAUACGUAUGCUAGGCUAGUUUGAUAUUUUUGUAUGAAUUUUAAAGCUAUUUAUUGUACUUAAAUGACAAAAAUAAUGGUGAUAGUUCUAGCACAGUCGUAUGAUGAUGUCCUACGCAAUAUGCAGAUAGCUUUUAUCAUUAAUUGAUUAUAUCAAUGGUUCUGAUUUACAGAACGGCAUCAGUAUUUUUCAUCCGUCCUUGAUUGAACUUAUGAUAAUGACGGAUAAUGACUUGGGGAAAGUGCACGUUGGGUCAUCAGUGUGUAAGUGAAAUUACUCUAAUAAGAUAAGAUUUCAGUGAGCUUGAUGUGUGCCCAACCAUUCCACUUUAAGGCAUGCAUGAUUUUUUUUUUCAUUUCAACAUGAUUGAAAAUAUUCCCUCCAUUGUUCGAUAAGAUUUAUUUAUUAAGAGAUAGAUUUUUAGAUUUUUGAAAGUAUAUUUAUAGUUUUUAAUGUAACGUUUUACCAUUACUGACACUGGUUUUACCUUUUGUAAUGUUUGUUAUAUGUAAUGAUUGUUACUAAUUCAGUUUUGUAAAACCUAUCUGAUAGGUGAUCAUGAAAAAUUAAUAAAUUAUAUAUAGUC